AUGCUCCAUUUCGAAUUGCCAGAGAACGUUGGAACGCAAGUGGCAUACGGAAGGGUCCAAAGUCUUAGAAGGUGGCUUUUCAGACGGUUUCGAAUUGGACGACGAAACCCCCACAUAUUCUUGAGAGUUCUUGCACCAAUGGUACUCCUCGCGGCAGUAUCCUUUCUGCUCUGA